AUGUAUGUGCAAAAAGUCAUCGUUCCGGGGCUCAUCGACACCACCACGGCGCGCGUGGAGGAUCCACGUCUCAUCGCGGAGGACCUGCUGCGCUACGUGCGCGCGGCCGGCCAUCCAGCCCGCGUUGUGGCGUCCACGGACUGCGGCUUCGCGUCCACGGCCAGGUCCACAGCCAUUACGGCUGACUUGGCUUGGAUGAAGCUGCGAAGCUUGGCCGAGGGCGCUCAGCUGGCCACGCGUCACUUUCUACAGCAGUCUGCGCCGGUGCCGUGUCGCAGCGUUUGCCUCGCCGGCACGCCCUUUCGGGCAGUGAUCUUCAGCGAGGAGCCAGCUUUGGAUUGCGCCCUGCGGCUUCGCGCGGCCCUGGACGGCGACCAGCCCCGGCACAAGACCCUGAUCUUCAGCUCUGCGGAGGCGGCCUGUGAUGAGCUUCGGUGGAUGGUGGAUGUGCCGUUGGCCUUUGUUCUGCUCGGAGAAGGAUCCAAGCAGCUAGCACAGGCAGUGCAAACUCAGCUGCACGAUGCCCCUGUCUCUCGACGCCCUGUCACCAUGCACUGCUUCAGCAUCACUGAGGAUGUCAUGUCCAUGGCGGAAGAGGUACGCCGUGAAGCGAUGGCUCAGACCAGUUUCGACAGACGAAGCUUGGUGAUUCCCAGAUCCAACGUGCCAGCUGCAGUGGAUGUGGUGGUGAUUGGUGCAGGGCUAUUGGGGAUGCUCACCGCCCACCGGUGCACUUCCGCAGGGUUCAGUGUGGCCGUGUUGGAGCAACGUCCUGUGGUGGGAGGGAUCUGGUCCAUGUAUGCCAACGGCACCUCGCAGGUCAACAGCUCGGAAGGUGGCUACUGCAUCAAGGAUUUGCUUGGGGAGGAAGAUGGCAAGGCUGGGGACAACCGGGACCACAGCACGGCUGCCGAAGUGUUGAAGGAUUUGGCCAAGCUUGGUGAUCGCCUCAAAGAGCACAUUUUCACUUCUGUCAAGGUGAAGAAGGUCCUGGGUGAAGGAGGCAACUACACUGUACUUUUCGAUGAUGAGUUGGUGCGAAGUGCCGGGAUCGUGCAGUGCCGGGGCGUGGUGCUGUGCAUCAACGAUCGCGUUGGGCUGCCCCGACCUUUGUGCGUUCCCGGGCAAGAAAGCUUCAUGGGAGUAGUGGCUGAUGGCACCUCCGAUUCCUUGGCAGGCAUCAACUGGCGUGGCAAGCGAGUGGUGAUCGCUGGCAUGGGCGCCUUUGCGGUCGAGAAUGUGCGAACCGCCUUGGAGCACGGUGCGGCACAGGUCAUUGUGGUUGCUCGCCGCCAUGGCACCAUUUGCCCCAAGGCAAUUGACUACCUGAACUUCGUCAAGCCGUGGGAUGAGAAAUACAAGCACGACACCCAGACCAACGUCAAGCAGUUCUUGCGAUGGAAGCAGCUCUACGAAGCAUCUGGCUGCCGGUUGCCGGAAUGCUGGCCGAAACAGGUGAAGCAUGACGGCCACACCAUCUCUGUGAGCGAUAUUUGGUUCGUGGCCCACCACAUGAAGAAGUUUUCUACGAUGACAGGCUUGAUCCAGCACAUCGAGAAGGAGGGCGUGAUGCUGUGCAGCGGAGACUUUGUCCCCUGUGAUGUGGUGGUGGGCUGCAUAGGCUUUGAGCGAUCCAACUUUCUCUGCGAGUCCCUCACAGGUCGCUGCGAAGUGAAGACCACCAACUACUUGGACCAGCACAUGAUGUACCUGGCGGAUGCAGAGAUUGACGAAGGUGCCUUCAACUCAUUUUUUGGCUCCUCCGUUUUGGAAUAUGGGAAAUUCUUCACCAACGUCUUCGUUGAGGGCCUGCUGCGGCCUGACAUCUUGGGUGAGCGACUCUGGGGUUGCGACACUGUGGCGGUGCCAAUUUCCCAAAGGAAGUGGAAUCAGUACAUUGCUUCCGCCAUGAAGCUCAUUGAGACGGAUGAUCGGAUUGCGCUGCAUGCACAGCAGCAGGUGGAUGCCCGCACCAAGCACUUCUGGCGCACGCUGCCUCCAACGAGUUUCCUUUCGGUGAAUCGCAAGGAGUGGGAAGAGCUGCACCAACGCCUCAAUGGAGGAGUUCCAGUGCCCCAGGUGCGGUACCCCGACUCACCGGAAGCCCUGGCCGAAAGGUUGUACAAGGCGGGUAGCAUUGCUUUAUCUCCAACCUGCACAGCUGGACUGCAGGUGCAUCCCACCACAGCUGCGUUGGCCCUGUUGCAAUUGGGAUUCGCUCUCUUGAAAUCCUGUGGAUCCUGGUCUGCUGUGGAGGAUGCCCUUCAGCAGUUGGGUUUGGUCCGCUGUGGCCAAUUGGAGCCUUUCCUACAGCAGAACCUCGGCCGGCACAAUGCGCCCACGUCUCCCGUGGUAUCCGUUGUGCUCAACAUUCUCAAUGCGGAUCUGUGGCGGCAGUGGGGUGAGGUGCCAUCCCUGGUGCUUGGCCACUCCGUGGGUGAAAUCGCCGCGGCCUACGCUGCGGGCAUCUUCACGGUGGCUGAGGCCCUUGGCUGCGCUCAUGGCCUGGGCCUUGCCAUGCAGAAGCUGCCAGGCGCCAUGCUGCAUGUUGAGCUGCAGCGGAAGUCCCUGGAAUGCUUGGAGGAGGGAUUCCAUGUGGCAGCCGUGAACUAUGUCGUGUCGAAAGGAGCCACUGAGGAAGAGGAUUUGCUCAGCGUCACCCUCUGCACUCGUGGCUCAACCGACGCAUAUUUGGCCAAGGACCCUGGCGCUACGCUUCUCAAGCCACAGCAUGCCUGGCACCAUCCAGCCUGUGAGCUGCCCAUGUCUUGUCACCUUCCGCUGGGUGGCCGCGCUUCGGUUCCUUUCAUCAGCGCAGUGACCGGCACACGCCUGGAGGAGCUGCCACCGGAGCACUGGCAGCGCUGGCUGCGGUGCCCGGUGGACCUGGCAUCGGCGCUGCAGCGCGCCAGGGAGAUGCUCGGAGAGCUGGUAGUGCUGGAGAUGGGACCCCAUCCAGUGCUGUACCAGGCCGUGAAGGCCAGCUUCGAUCUGGCUGGAUAUGCUUGCUCCAUGCGCCGUGGAGAGAAGCAAGGGCCCCUCCUAUCGAGGCAACGAUCAUUGCUGCCUGGCUUCCGAGCUCAUCUUAGUUCCCAGCUGCAUUGCCUGUUGGAUUCUGAGGGCAUUUGCUUCGAAACGAGCUUUGCAGAUCAAGGUAUGGCAUCCCAGAAGUUGGUGCCUCUGGCUCACAAGCUGGCCAAACUCUUUCCAUCUCUGGCGCCCCACGAUUUGUACCGCUUCGACUCUGUGCAAAAGCUGAUUGAUUUCUGGGAUGAAGAAAGCUCAGCGAGCGCUAGCCGUGGUGAAAAACCGCCGGCCAGCGCUUUGGACAUUCUGGCCUGUGGAGUGCGCUUACCUGCGGGAGUGGAAUCUCCAGGCAGCUUUUGGGCUUUGCUAGAGCAGGACGACCAGGACAGUGCGUUCAGCUGUAGGGAUGGGCUGAGUGCUGCCUUCCUGCAGCCGCAGUUUGAUCACAAAGCCUCGCUGGCUGCAGCGGAAGAAUCCGGGGUGGAAGGUGCUGAGGCGGCAGCCAUGGAUCCCCAGCACGCCCUGGCCUUGAAGCUGGCCCGUGACAUGUUCCAAGAUGCAGGAGAAGAAACCCUAAAGGCUGUUCAAAGAGUGCGGGACCGCGUGGGUGUCUACAUUGGGGCCUGGCAGGGGGUGGCCAGCUCAGGCAAACCCUCAGCCUACCAUGCCAUCGGUGCCUCCCUCAGCGCCUUGGCAGCUCGCGUGGCCAAUGCCUAUGACUUGCAGGGUCCUGCGGUCACUGUGAACACUGCCUGCUCUUCUGCAUUGGUGGCGGUGAAUGAAGCACUGAAGGAUGCCAAGGCAGGACGCAUUGACUUCGCCAUCGUUGGAGGGGUGAAUUUGUUUGGUGAUGAACAGCUCUUCCAUCACCUGCGACGCGCUUCGAUGCUGAGCCCUUCUGGACGCUGUCACACCUUUUCGGCAGAGGCUGAUGGCUACGUACGCGCAGAAGGUGGUGUGCUCUUCCUACUGGCACGGGAGGCUUUGGAGCUGCCCUCACAUGGAAGAAUCUUGGGCUCUGCCGUGACCCAGAACUCCAGGAGGAAGCCAUUGUCCUCGGUGGAUCCUAUAGCCCAGGAGCACGCUAUCCAUUUAGCUUGCUCUGACGCAGGCAUCAAGCCUUCGGAGCUGACAGUCGUCGAGCUACAUGGCACUGGAACGCCCUUGGGUGACCCAGUGGAGGUCUCAGCUUUGGCAAGGACCCUUCGAGAACGCGCAGAAGCGUGCUGGAUGACAGCGGCAAAGAUGCACGUUGGACACUUGGAAUCAGCUGCCGGAGCGGUGGGACUGCUGAAGGCAAUGCUGAUGUGCGAACAAGGGAAAGUACCGGAAUUCCGCAUCGACGGCAAGGGGUUGAACCCCCAAGUCAUGGCUGCCAUGGAGGGUUCUUGCCUCUGCAGGCCUGGAGAGCCUGGGGUUCUGAUGGAGGAUGCCAUGCUGGGGGUCUCAAGCUUUGGCUUUGCUGGCAGCAAUGCGCAUGUGGUGAUGACAGCUCCCAAAGGCUUUCCUGCAGCCAAGUACAAGAACCCCUUCACAGCCACCCUCUCGAAGCGCUCGCAGAUUCCAUUAACAGAGCUGUCAACCACGCUUUCACCGAGGGGUUCGGCAUCAGAAACCCUCUGCCUCACAUCGCUUCCAAAGCAAAAAGACGGAGAAGGAGAUCAAGAUGUGGAGGAUGUGAGUGUAAGCCGCGUGAGCUUUGUGAGCAGUGCAGUGCUGUCCAUUGUGGGGGGUGAAUCAGAUGUGGAUGCCGAUGCGGACCUCCAUGAAUUGGGCGUGGACUCUUUAGGAUUGGCAGAGCUGCUGGGGCUUUUGGAGGACAAAUUUGGCCCUGGCUGCAUCACCGUUGAGAGGAUCGUGGAUGAGCCAACCUGCCGGGCCAUUGCUCGCAACUUGGAAGGCUUCGAAGCUGCUCCCUCCGUACAGGCAAAACAUCCCCAGGCUCCGGUGGUGCCAGCUGUCAUGCCACUGAAACCGGUAGUGGAGAUUCCUUCAAGGCCAACGGCAGCUUUGUUGGCUGAGACACCACUGGGUGGACGGCCGAAUGAUCACUCGGAUCCCCACUGUGACACCUGGAUUCGCACAACGCACGUGGGCUCGCUGCCGCGCCCAGCCGAUGGGAUUUUGGAUUUGAAUCAGGUGAUCGCUCAGCAGGGAUGUUUGGACAUCAUCAACGAUGGCGAGUGGGGCAGGGAGAAUUACAUUGCUGAUGUGAUCAACCGGAUCUCUGGUUUGAGUGGCGGUGACGGUGCUGCUAAGGAUGCUUGCUGUGCCAAGCAUGCCAUGCCAGUGGCAGCUGACAUGCGUGACGUGCCGUUGUACGCGCAACGUUUCUCUGGGGGAAACGGGCUGAUCACCUUGAACCCCAAGAGAGAAGCAGUGAGUGGCCUGGCGUGCGUGGCUCAUCCCAAGUACAGCCCUGCAGACAUCCCCAACUUGAAGUCAUUCUUGACAGCAGUGAAGGCAGCAGGCAAGAACGUUUCUGAUUGCUUCUACUCUGUGCCCUCCCCUGGAACGAUGGCGCUCUUCUGCCGUGAUCUCGUCUUCCACGACCACAGGACCUACGUCAUGGCGUUGGCUGAUGCUCUCUCCCAAGAAUAUCAGCAGAUUGCCAAGCAGGGUCUCCUCCUUCAGGUGGACUGUCCCGACUUGGGCAUGGGCCGCCACACCAAGUGGUCGGAUCUCAGCGAGGCAGAGUUUCUGGACGUGGCACGAUGCAACGUGGAGGCCUUGAACCGGGCGCUGCAGGAGGUUCCAGUGGAGCAGGUGCGUGUCCACGUCUGCUGGGGAAACUAUGCAGGGCCUCAUCACCAGGAUAUCUCUGCGGAGCAUGUGUGGCCGCUGCUUGGGGAGGUGAAGGCCAAGUACUUGUUGCUGGAGGGCGCCAAUCCUCGUCACCGCAGAGAUGUGCAAUGCUUUGAGAUGGCGGUGCAGAAGGGCUACUUCAAGAGCCACCAG